UGUAUGCAACCUGUGAAGACCUGUUUCGCUUGAAUGGCUAUCACACAGUGACGUUAGACAACAAGCGGCUGCUCAAUGACUUGCUUUUGGCUCAGUGACGCAAAAGGCGCCCAAAAAGGGCACACACUCAUCUGCAUUUAUCCCUCAGAUGAGAUGCUAUUUAAAGGCCUCGGACUCACACCGCAGUACAUCUUUAAACCAUGAAGACAGACAGCAGCGCAGGCCAGGCGACACCCUUCAGCGGCCGGAGGCAGAGUUUGAUUGAGGAUGCCCGGCGGGAGCGCAGCAUUGGAGGAGGAGGUUCGGCGGAGCCCUCCCGGGGCGUGGACGCGCGUGUUUUCGAGGAGAAGGAGGGCCGGGUGACCCUCAACGUACUCUUCAACCUCAGCAACGAGAAGAAUGCGGGGUUUUUUAAGACGGGUAAAAUAUUUGAGACAUUCGACGCCAAACUCCUCCACGUUGAGAGCCGGCCGGGAAGGAGGUCAAAGAACAGCACGUCCGACUUGGAGUUCUUUGUUAAGUGUGAGGUGAACAGCUCCGACCUGGAUGUCUUUGUUAACUCGCUGAAGAGAGUGGUGGAUAACGUUAGGUCUAUCCCGGAGGAAAAGGUCCCCUGGUUCCCUCGACAGAUAAAGGAGCUGGACAGAUGCAACUUGUUGAUAACCAAAUUCGAUCCAGACAUAGACGAGGAUCAUCCGGGCUACACAGACGCAGAAUACAGGAAGCGACGCUCCUUCAUUUCAGAGCUGUCCUACAGAUACAAACAGGGUGAACCACUGCCCGAGGUGGAGUACACAGCAGAAGAAACAGCCACAUGGAGGGAGGUGUACAAGAAGCUGCGGAACAUCUACCCCAAUCUGGCCUGCCGACAGUUCCUGGAUGGCCUGCAGCAAUUGGAGCGCGAGUGCGGCUACAGUGAGGAGCGCAUCCCUCAGCUCAGAGACAUUUCCGCCUUCCUCAAAGAGAAAACAGGCUUCCAGCUGCGUCCAGUCGCAGGCCUGCUCUCUGCCAGGGACUUCCUCGCCAGUUUGGCUUUCCGAGUGUUUCAGUGCACACAGUACAUUCGCCACGUGUCGGCGCCCAUGCACUCCCCUGAGCCGGACUGCUGCCAUGAGCUGCUCGGUCACAUCCCAAUGCUAGCAGACAAAGAGUUUGCCCAGUUUUCCCAGGAGAUUGGACUGGCCUCGCUUGGAGCAUCACAGGAAGACAUUGAGAAAUUAUCCACGCUAUAUUGGUUCACUGUGGAGUUUGGCCUCUGCAAACAGAAUGGAGCAGUAAAAGCGUAUGGCGCAGGACUUCUCUCAUCCUAUGGAGAACUUGUGUACGCCCUGUCCAACGAGCCAGAGUACAAGCCAUUCAACCCGGAGGAGACUGCCGUGCAGCCAUACCAGGACCAAAGCUACCAGCCGGUAUACUUUGUCUCGGAAAGCUUUGAAGACGCAAAGAUUAAAUUGAGAAAGUACUCUACAACAAUUAAGCGGCCAUUUGUGGUGCGCUAUGAGCCUAUCACCUGCAGUGUGGACGUUCUGGAUCAGCCCAAUAAGAUCCAAAUUGCUCUGUGUAAGACGCGAGAAGACCUGAAGAUGCUGCAGGGCGCCUUGGAGAAGCUCAGCUCCUCCUGGGAACACGACCAGACCAAAAGACUGGAGUCAAAUUACAUCCAUUCAAAAUAAGAUUCCAAAUUUCCAGUUGAAUUGCCUCAAAUUGCCGUCUCUGGUACUUGGUCUACUGUGACAGAAAUAAACAUUUAUUUUUCA